AUGGUAUCUACUGUGGGAAGGCCGGCGCACAUCCAGUUUGCACGCAACGGCACCCGAGGAGGACGGCAUAUGUCUUCACGACCACCCACUGGUCGUCUGACCAUAGAAGAUGCCCUGGCCCCAAUUACAUCCACCGCAGCAAAGACCCGAAAGAAGAGGCAAAUUGCUACCUUCAUAUAUGCAGGGCUUCUGGCAGCCUCCCUAGUGGCCGACAUUUUGGCUCUUUUAUUCUUGACCAGACCCCCUGUUCAGCAGGCGGGAGUGGCCACUCUUCAUUUAAACGGGGAGGGCCUCCUGUCCAAGCGCGGCAAGAAGGCCCAUACCAUGGGCGAGACCUACGUCACAGCAUCAUCGGCCAGCAUAGAUGACAAUAUUGCUGAGACCACCACAGCAGCUAGUAAUAUGCCUCUCCUCACAGCAACCACGGCUCCUGAUCGCCCUGGCAUCUUGACAGGUGAUACGAGUGAAUCCAACUGGAUUUCUAUCGGUACCCAAGCACUGUGCUUUCAGGCUGGUCCAAGCCGUCGGGUGUGUCAUCCGUUCCCGGCAAACCUUUCAACUAUUCUGCCUCCUUCCAUGCAACUCGUGCUGGGGGACUCUGUUUCACAGUUACAAAACUUUGAGCAGUCGGCUGCUGUUACGGCCAGGAGAGGUGCCCGGUCUGUAAUGGCCAUUGGUCUGGUACUGAUAUCUGUUGCCGUGACCCUGGUCCUAAUUUUUUCACGGUGGUCGUGGGCUUGUGUGCACAGGCUGAAGUGGCUCAUGAUGGCAGUUGCCAGUCUGUGCGGCCUGGUAUGCUUCACAGUAUCCUCCGGUGUUCUAGGCACUCUGCAGUCUUCUAUUGAGGAGGAGGUACGUCGUGGCAUUCCGGGUAUUGCUCGGAUGGAAUGGGGAUCCGCGAGCCGGUAUAGCUUAGGGGCCAUGUGUUGUGCUAUUGUGGCUUUUGGCUGCAGCCUUGCAUCCCAGGCUAUAUAA